AUGUCACACUUCUUCUACUUGACUCCACAAAUUCUUCUGCCCUUUAGCCCUCUUACUUCUCAAGAGUUUGAUCUGAUCCGACUGAAGGCUGGAGCAUCUUGGCAGAAUGAAACAAGGUGGUCAGAUUCGUCUGUAACAACAUAUGCGGGCAGUUACCGGAAAAAGCAGCUGGAUGAUUCCACGUGCGGCCAACUUCAAGCAGGACAGCACUGGCCUGAGUGUAACCAGAUGUCAUUGCCAAACUGCUUUGCCCGCAGGGCUGGUCUCCAAGAGACCACAGAUGUUAAAGGACUAUUCCCUCAUAUAACCAGUUCCUUUAAAAAUUCAUUUGAUGUCAAGCAUGGAGUGCUUCGGGGACCAUGUAAUUCUACAAGCAAGACUAGCUCAUCUGAAGACUCAGAAGCUGAUCAAUACUCCGUUUACAGUCUGGGAGGACCGUUCUCAUCAUUUAGCUGA